GCCCACCGGCCCCGCCGCCGCCGCCGGCUCCGGGCCCGCCGCGCUGCGCGGGGCGCGGCCGCUCCGGCCCGGGGCGCGGGGCCGCUCCGCCGCCGCGGGGCUGCGCACGGCAGAUGCACCGAGUCCAGCUGAAACCACCGUGGGCAAGAGCUGCUGGGCCAGCGGCUGCAUAGUAAAGCCAGCGCGGCACCAUGCCUGCGGCAGAGCGGGUCCUCCUCCGCUCAGUGACCAUGUGGCUGCUCCUGCAGAGCCUCCUCCUCCUCCUGACCUCCUGCCUCCGCUCGGCCACCGCGUUCCCCAAGGGCUGCUACCCCUCGGAAGAGGAGGGGCUGAAGACCUUCCGCUGCAGCAAUGCUCGGCUGACUGAGGUCCCCAGAGACAUCCCCAACGACACCAACAAGCUCUACCUGGACUCCAACCAAAUCCCCUUCCUGCCCCGCGACGCCUUCCAGGACCUUCCGCUCCUUCUGGAGCUGGAUCUGUCCCACAACGCCAUCGCCAGCGUCGAGAGCGGGGCUUUCCGGGGCCUGGCAGAGCACCUGCACUCCCUGGACUUGUCUUCCAACAGGCUGGUGUCGGUCAGCAAAGAUGCCUUUAGCAACCUGAAGGCCAAGGUCAACCUCUCCAACAACCCUUGGCUGUGUGACUGUCAGCUGCAGGAGCUGAUCCGCACGGUGGACCUGGCGGCCGGUUCCUCGGGCGGCAUCGUGUGCGACUCCUCCGCGCAGGAGGAACACAUCGGCAAAGCUUUCCUGCAGGUGAUCGCCGACACGGACUUCUGCAACGUGUACAAAAAGACCACGGACAUCGCCAUGCUGGUCACCAUGUUCGGCUGGUUCGCCAUGGUGAUCUCCUACCUGGUCUACUACGUGCGGCAGAACCAGGAGGACGCCCGACGGCACCUGGAGUAUCUCAAGUCCCUGCCCAGCAAGCAGCGGAGGUCGGAGGAGUCGUCCACCAUCAGCACUGUGGUGUGAGGCACCGGCAUCCUGCAGGACACGGGGACCGGCGGAGCCGGGGAUCGGCCACUCCGCAGGUGUGCCAUGGCUGCAGGAGCUGUCACGAGCCACCGUCAUUGCACAGAAAUAGUCACGGAUUUGUUCUCCUCGGGGAAGCGGCAUCUGGCAGCGGGAGCCGCGGCCGGCGAGUGCCAGGCUCUGGCACAGCGAGGGGCGAAGUGGCUGCGGCCGGGGGCGGUUAUCGGCGAUGGGCACAGAGCGGCCGCGGCAUCUGCCCGCUGCCUGUGCGUUACGAAGGACCGGAGAGACCCCGAGCAUCCCCCUGGCACGUGGCUGUUGCUCCGACCGACCCGGCCGUUCAGACUUCAUUUAAAACUUUUAUAUUUCCUUUGCAGAGAUCCCUUGGGGCAUUAACAAAAAUGAGCGUUUUAAUCCCUCCCCGGCUUACCCUCGGCUGCCCGAGGGAUGUUCCCGGCAGCGCCGGGCAGCCUGGGCCUGGCUCCCUGCCUGGACGGGCAGCGGGCAGGGCUGGGCCGCAGGGAGGAGCGGUACGGCCGCGAGGCCAGUGCCCUGCCGGGUUGCCGACCCCAGGAGGGUCACGGGCUCUGACCGCAGCCCGGCGGGAACCGAAGGAUGGGGUGGGAGGUGGGGACACAUUGGUUGGGAAAAGCAAGAGGCAGGGCUGGGGGUGCCCCACUCGUGCUGGACGGUGUCACCCCAUUUCCCAUCUCAGCCCCUGCCGCUCCCUGCUCCUCUCCCGGCACCCCCGGGGCCAGGCGGAGUGAGGGGCGUGGGGGUCCCUGAUUGGAGACGGGGCGGCCGGUGGGAAACCCCAGCACUUUCCCCUUCAGAGCACAAAGUUUCUACAAGAAGCAAAUGGGAAAUGAGCUCUCCCUCGGGGCCGCCAAGGGACGCGGGUGCUGAUGGAGGGGAACCGAGGGGUCCAGGCGGUGGGUCCAGCCCUGCCGGGAUGUCGGGGGGAGCGGGUUUCCCCUCGGUGCUCCCCGGGGACCGCGCGGGUGGGGGUUUGCAGCCAGGUAGCACCCCUGAGCAGCCUGCUCCGAUCUGCCGCUGGAGGAGAGCUCCUACCUCUCGCUCAAGGACUCAGACGGCUGCCGACCGGUCACUGUGACGGCAAGCGGGGAUGGAGGGAGCCGCUGCGGCUCCUCCGCCCUCUCCCCACUCCCGCGCCACUGGCAGGAGCCUGAACCUCCCCUAAAAUGCCCCAAAGUCCCUUUUUGACACUUCCAGCAUUGGGCUGCAGGUUCCUGGUGUCGGUAGGUAGAGGUGAGGCCGGAGUGCCGGAGGUCAGCGCGGGUGGGGGUCCGUGCCCACCUUUGGGCACGCAGGGUCCAAGCGGCGACGCAGAGCAAAGCCAGAGCAGACCCAGACUCUUCCAACCGAGUGUCUGGCCCCUGAGAGAGCUGGUUUUGCUGGGUUUGCCCUUUUUUUUUAAACCAACUGAAGCUAAAUUGCCUUAAUUCACCAAGAGCACCAACCAAAGCUGCUUGAACAUCCUCCGUGCCGGGCCAGACCCGGCUCUGGCUGCCCCGGCACAACGGGGGCUUAUCGCCAGGUCCGGCCUCGGACACUGGUGCAGGCAGCGUAUUUCAGCGCAGGCAGGGCUCCGUCCCCUCGCUGCUGCCCGUCCUCCCGCACCCCGGUGCCGGUGGGAGCCGUGGGACGGAGCUGGCCGGGAGCGGCGCCCGCGCCCUUCCACAAGUGCCUCAUUUCCCAGCGCGGCCCAGGGGCUCGGCAACGCACAAGCACCUCAGUCCCAGCUCCAGUCCAGGCGUCCCCUGCGCCUGCAGCCCCACGGCAGCUCCCCCCCCACCCCCCCCCGGUAAAACCAACUGCAGAGAAAAGGGGCUGGGGGUAACCGGACCAAGCCACCGCGAGCGGCUGCACCGUGGCCCCAGGCGGCUGCUCUCGUGCCCGCGACGUGCGGGGACACCCGGGACCAUCUGACCCAAUGUGUUUUGUUUAAGGGACCUUUUACGUUCUUACUUUAUACGACAAUAAAGUUGGCUUUUACUUUGGA